GACGGGUAAAUAAUAAUGGAGUUUAUCGAUAUAUCGCAUUUGCUCCUGCACCGAACUUCACAGUUGUUAAGUGGAUUUCUUGCAGAGAAUUCAGAAAAAAUGUCAUUUUUAAUGAGAAAUAUUCAACUUAUAAGUAAAUUAUAUCGAAAUGGAUGUAUUCAACCUGUUAUGUCUGUGAGAAAUUUAUCUCGUGCUCCGGUUCUUUUACAAACUGCCGAAGAGGUUCAAGAAAAAUCCGAGAUUUCCACUCAGGAACAAUUGAUUAACGAAGACAAAUUUAAGAAACAAGAAAAAAGUGGAGGUUUUAUUAAUCUUGAUAGAACUGUAGAAAUACCAGUGGAAACGAGUAUAAAAUACAUUGAAAGCGAAGCCUAUAAAACAACAUACGGCGAUAAUCCCAUUUGGAAAUUGUAUAGACGAAAUUUUAAAGGUCAAUUUGCUCCGAGAAAAACGAGAAAAACUUGUAUUAGAGGCGGAGUUGUGUCAACCGGAAAUCCUUGUCCAAUUUGUCGUGACGAAUAUCUUGUUCUUGAUUACAAAAAUAGAAAAUUAUUGAAUCAAUUUAUUUCGCCUUAUAACGGGGAAACAUUAAGUUACCGAGUUACCAAUAUUUGUCAAAAGCAACACAAGAAUCUUCUGGUGGCAAUAAAGAUAGCAAAGGAUCGCGGAAUCGUGACCUACGAUCCUCCUCACAGGAAAUACAAUUACUCUCAUUGGUAUAAACCCGAAUCUACACAAAUUUAA